AUGUUUCGGACAUUUACCGGGCGUGCAAACCGCACCUCAUCAGUACCUCGGCUAACUGUCACGGACAUCCUCCACCGGACGUUCGUCAGCGGGCUCGCAGCACUUUCGGUCUAUGGUCUUUUCCUGGGCUAUAUGGUCCACCGGGACACGCUAGCUAGGGGACGAGGUGAGUUAUGA